UUUCGUCUCUUUUAAAGCCCUUUUGGGGCCACCUUUUCCAUUGUACUCGACACAGUGUGCCGCUUUUUUCGCUCGCCAGAAGGAAGUAAAGGGAAGGACUGCAGCCCAAUAAUCCAACUUGACACAGCUAAUUAGCUGCCAGCCCGCUUUGUUUGGAGUACAAUUUUUAUUAUAUUUAUUUCAUUUUGUAGCCAAACAAACUUUCCAUGUGCUGGCCACCAUCCAAAGUAUAGGAGAGAAGGUCGUCUACCUCAUCUUCUUCCACCUCACUUUCGUCAUGUUUGUAUGGUCUUACUGGAAGACCAUCUUCACCAAGCCCGCCAACCCUUCCAAUGAGUUCUGCUUACCCAAGAAUGAGAAGGAACGCUAUGAGAAGGAGGAGCGGCCAGAAUCCCAGCAAGAGAUUUUGUGGCGAGCCGCCACUAGUCUGCCACUUUACACCCGCACUGGAGCAGGAGCGAUCCGUUACUGUGACCGCUGCCAGGUUAUCAAGCCGGACCGUUGUCAUCACUGCUCCGCAUGCGACAUGUGCGUGCUGAAGAUGGACCACCAUUGUCCCUGGGUGAACAACUGCGUGGGAUUCUCCAACUACAAGUUCUUCAUCCUCUUCCUGGCCUACUCGCUGCUCUACUGCUUGUUCAUCGCAUCCACCGUCUUGCAGUAUUUCAUCAAGUUCUGGACCCUUUGCCGGAGGAAAGCGGCUGAGAACUGCCCGAAGAACGAGCUCCUAGACACCCAAAACACGGCCAAAUUCCAUGUCUUGUUUCUCUUCUUUGUGGCGGCCAUGUUCUGCAUCAGUAUUCUCUCCCUCUUCAGCUACCACCUGUGGCUCGUCGGGAAGAACAGGUCCACCAUCGAGGCAUUCAGAGCGCCCGUCUUCAGGACGGGCUCAGACAAGAAUGGCUUCUCUCUGGGCUUCCGAAAGAAUAUCGCUCAGGUGUUUGGAGACCAGAAGAAGUUCUGGCUGCUGCCCGUCUUCACCAGUCAGGGAGAUGGUCUGACGUUCCCCACGCGGCUCGUCAACGCCGACGUGGAGCAGCCGACCGUCACCUUAAACCCGGAGUCGAAUAAAAGCACCGUCGAAGUGACGGUGAGCCCGCUCAGCGAGUCGCAGAACCGCCUCCUGUGCAACGAGCAGCACGCCAACAACCUGGGAGACCACGUGGCGAACAGUGCCCUCAAGUCACCCGCAAGUGACGGCAACAUCGUCUCCAUGGAGAGCGAAUCGUAACAAGGAGCGACUCCUCAAUCAUCCGGUCUGAUGCCUUAAGCUGUGCGAUACUUUUGUCUCAUCACCAUGACGACAGCCCCUCAGCGCAACCUCAGAGUAACUAUGGAAAUGCAUUCCUUUCACCAGUUGGCGCCGUUGGUGUUUCUCCCUGCAUGCAGAUGCCCCCACUGGGGCGUGUAACACCUUUGUGCCCCCCACCCACCCCACUCCAAAGCCUCUCUCUUUCUCUCACACACACUUCAUAGGACACAUAUCUAUAUUGUUGGAUUAUGGAACUCUUGCAGAUGAUGCAGACAGGAAGUGUUUUUGGUGUUUUUAUUAGUAUUUUUUUGGGGUGCCAAAAGCGACCUGGAUCGGAAUUGUGAAUGCAGUGAAACGUGGGAGAAAAGCACUUUUUUUUUUUUUUUUUUUCGUUUUCCGAACUCUUUUUGUAAAAUUCCCCAUCUGAAGGAACGCCGAAGUGGGAAUACUGGAGUUUUUGGAUGUCGGGAGCACAAGAGUUCAUCAACGUCCAUCAGAUAGCGUGCUGCUUUUUAGCGGGUCGGAAAGCAACACUUAGCUGAUGGCUUGUUGAUGUGUGUGCGUGUGUGUGUGUGUGUGUGUGUGCCGCUACGUAGCCUUUACAUCUCGUUUCUAACGCCGCCACCCCGCUUUAAGUGGAAUUGAUUUCUAUGUUUCGUUCAGGCCCUGCUCAGCAAAUGAACACUUUAUUGCCAAAAUAAGGGCUGAGACUUCUGAACCUCAAAUGUUUACAGCAUCUUAGCUUUACCUCUUUGGGCCAAACGGCAUUAAAAGUCACAUUUUUCUUUUUCAAAGUGGACCUUCUUGCCUGUCAGGUUAGUGUCGGUGUGCCGGUACCGAUUCUGACCAGCAGGUGGCGACAGCUUUAUUUAGCCAGCAGUUCUUCAGUAUCAAGUCCACAAAGAUGUCCUAUUAUUUAUUCCGUGGUGGAAAAAUGGAAUCAUUUCCGCUGUGUCAGCUCAAUGUUGUCGUUAUCAUCAUUUUGCGAUGUCAUCGUUUUUAUACGAGGCCCUUCCGUGAAUCUAUUCUCAUCUUGUACUCCAUGUGUUCCUCCCAUUUGGACCUAGCACCCCCAUUUAAAAAAAAAAAAAAAAAAAAAAAGGGCACGUGCGUAUGUAUUUUUGCAAUGCGUCCAAUUGUGUUGUUUUGUAAUAUUAUCGUCUUGCACAGCGACAUUUAUUUUUUUUUUUUUACCUAAGUGUGUACGGCGGGCCAGAAUAAAGCUCCAAAAAAAAAAAAAAAAGCAUGGCGUCAAAGUGUAAAACGGGCACAAAGACGUAGAAGUGGAAGCAUGGCGGUGCGUCAUGUUCGAGCGCAGCUUUACUCUGGUGUAUCCCAACUUGAUAAUAAACCAAGCCAUAAAAGCACAAAUCGCCAUGUCCGUUUGUCCGCGUCUUCCAGUGCUGCGUUCUCAGGGUUUUAUCCCAUUAUAGCCCCCCCCUUGAAAAAAAUGCCUUCUUGGCACUCACUUCCAUCUCUCUCAAGCACAGUGGAGCUUCCAAACACUAUUAACCGUGCAGGCUAUGGACGUUCUUAGCUGUUAUAAAGGUACAAAUAAUACAGUACUCCCUCCUUUAUCACAGUUAAUUGCUUCCAUAUCUGACCAUGAUAAGUGAAUUUCAUCACAUAGGAUAUCUUAUUUUUGUAUGAAAACCUGUUUAUGACAUUCUAAAUAUAGCUUUUAACAUUGCUGGAGCCCUUUAGACAGGGACUAAAAUAAACUCAACUAAUAUUCAUUCAUUUUCUACCGCUUUCCCUCAUGAGGGUCGCUGGAGCCUAUCCCAGCCGUCUUGGGGCGAGAGGCGGGGCACACCCUGGACUGGUCGCCAGCCAAUCACAGGGCACAUAUAGACAAACAACCUAUCCCACCCACAUUCAUACCUAUGGACAAUUCAUAAUAUUCAAAUACAUAUGGACAGUCGCUAAUUAACUUAGCAUGUUUUGCAAUGAUUUGGAGUGCAUGAGAAAGUGGAACACACCAGAUUUCUCAAGUAUAUUGUGACAAUGUAACUUAGGGCGAGAGGCGGGGUACACCCUGGACUGGUCGCCAACCAAUCACAGGACACAUAUAGACAAACAACCAUUCACACUCACAUUCAUACCUAUGGACAAUUUGGAGUCGCUAAUUAACCUACCAUGUUUUUUUGGAAUGUGGGAGGAAACCGGAGUACCCGGAGAAAACCCACGCAUGCAAACUCCACACAGAGAUGGCAGAGGGUGGAAUUGAACCCUGGUCUCCUAGCUGUGAGAUCUGCGCGCUCUAAACUAAUAUAAUAAACUAAAAUAAAGUCAAAGGACUUGCUGUUUUAAAGCAUUUGUAGUUAAACAGGCAGCAAGUUAAAAUGAUUUGGAGUGCAUGAGAAAGUGGAACAGACCACAUUACUCAACAUAGCCAGUGUUCCAAACGACAUGAAGAGGUUGCCUACAGCCACGGCUGUCAUUUACUGUAGGAGACUGCGAUUAAUUGAGACUUUAAUCUGCGGAUUGAAUUCCUAGUUGGACCCCACAGAUAUCCCGACGCGUUCAGGGGUUGCAGUAAAUUCCAUUUCUGGUUCUAGGGUUGUCAUCACACAUUUCCUCUUUGCCGGUACUGAAGCCAGUAUGCGGUGGCGACAUCUCAGGUGAUGUGUACUGGGAUGACCCCCCAGCCCCCAAACAGGAAGUGACAGUGGAAAAAACUUCCCUUAUUUUAGUCAUGAGCUCACUAUUUUUCCGCUUUGCAUGCAAGGAUGCAAACUCAGCACAGACGUGAUCCCGUUUUACUGUUGCCAAAUAAGACCUGUUCACUAUACAUCAUGACUUGGUGGAGUAGACUUGAACCUUCAGUAUCUGUUUGGCACCCGGGGUCCUUGACUCCUUCCAAAUAUAAACAUCGAACGUCCUUACGCUUCCUUUUAAAUGCUUUUUCAACGUAUUCCACAGCAAGAGGCUAAUGGCUAAUGAGUUUAUUUGCUCCGGGUGCAAUGACCUCCGUGUCACUUUUUCUCGUUUACAGCGGCGACCGUGACUGCUUUCAAAGAAAACACGUCACAAGGCCAAAGCUUAGCCUGUACCCGCGUUUAUCCAGUCACUUUUGGCAUGAAAUCUCAUGUACCUGUGAUACUUUAAAUACAUACGGUAGUACAAUGUAAGCAAUG